UACCCGGAGGGGAAGGGGCGCGCAGAGCUGGGGUGGGGGGGCCGUGGCGCGCACCACCAGAGACCGAGCGAGUCGCCGGCUGCCCCCGGCCUGGCGGAGGCGGAACCGCGCGGGAUCCCCACCCCCACCCGGAAUCCUCGCCACGGAGAAUCCCUGGAGAAGCCCCGGAUCCCCGGCUGGGAGGAGGAAGUGCUCGUUGACCCCCAGCCCCGCGCUGAUCCCGCCCCCGGCCUGCGGACUUGGGGAGCCGCUGUACUCUGCCUCGGACGCCACGAGACUCUAGACGGGAGUCCCCUUGAGGUGAAGCCGCUGAGUUCCCGGGCCCCGCCAGGCUUCCCUGGGAGAGCCGACGGACCCCCGCUCCCAGCACACACAACUUCCCUGCUUUUCACCGGGACUGGCGGAGCGGCCGGCGGACUUAGACGCGGGGACUUCAGGGCAGGGGGCGCCCCCUGCCCAGGUCACCAGUCGGGGCGAGGGGACGUCUCCUCGCCCCCAGCUGCUCUGCUCGGAUGGCGCCGCCGGCUGAGUGACGGGGGCGGCGCGCAGGACUUCCCAGCUCGGACCUCUUGCCUUCGAGGGGAAAGAUGUACGAGAGUGUAGAAGUGGGGGGUCCCACCCCUAACCCCUUCCUAGUGGUGGAGUUUUAUAACCAGAACCGGGCCUGUUUGCUCCCAGAGAAGGGGCUCCCCGCCCCGGGUCCGUACUCCACCCCGCUCCGGACUCCGCUUUGGAAUGGCUCAAACCACUCCAUUGAGACCCAGAGCAGCAGUUCUGAAGAGAUAGUGCCCAGCCCUCCCUCGCCACCCCCUCUGCCCCGCAUCUACAAGCCUUGCUUUGUCUGUCAGGACAAGUCCUCAGGCUACCACUAUGGGGUCAGCGCCUGUGAGGGCUGCAAGGGCUUCUUCCGCCGCAGCAUCCAGAAGAACAUGGUGUACACGUGUCACCGGGACAAGAACUGCAUCAUCAACAAGGUGACCCGGAACCGCUGCCAGUACUGCCGACUGCAGAAGUGCUUCGAAGUGGGCAUGUCCAAGGAGUCUGUGAGAAACGACCGAAACAAGAAGAAGAAGGAGGUGCCCAAGCCCGAGUGCUCUGAGAGCUACACGCUGACGCCGGAGGUGGGGGAGCUCAUUGAGAAGGUGCGCAAAGCGCACCAGGAAACCUUCCCUGCCCUCUGCCAGCUGGGCAAAUACACUACGAACAACAGCUCAGAACAACGUGUCUCUCUGGACAUUGACCUCUGGGACAAGUUCAGUGAACUCUCCACCAAGUGCAUCAUUAAGACUGUGGAGUUCGCCAAGCAGCUGCCCGGCUUCACCACCCUCACCAUCGCCGACCAGAUCACCCUCCUCAAGGCUGCCUGCCUGGACAUCCUGAUCCUGCGGAUCUGCACGCGGUACACACCCGAGCAGGACACCAUGACCUUCUCGGACGGGCUGACCCUGAACCGGACCCAGAUGCACAACGCUGGCUUCGGCCCCCUCACCGACCUGGUCUUUGCCUUCGCCAACCAGCUGCUGCCCCUGGAGAUGGAUGAUGCAGAGACGGGGCUGCUCAGCGCCAUCUGCCUCAUCUGCGGAGACCGCCAGGACCUGGAGCAGCCGGACCGGGUGGACAUGCUGCAGGAGCCGCUGCUGGAGGCGCUAAAGGUCUACGUGCGGAAGCGGAGGCCCAGCCGCCCCCACAUGUUCCCCAAGAUGCUAAUGAAGAUUACUGACCUGCGAAGCAUCAGCGCCAAGGGGGCUGAGCGGGUGAUCACGCUGAAGAUGGAGAUCCCGGGCUCCAUGCCGCCUCUCAUCCAGGAAAUGUUGGAGAACUCAGAGGGCCUGGACACUCUGAGCGGACAGCCGGGGGGUGGGGGGCGGGACGGGGGUGGCCUGGCCCCCCCGCCAGGCAGCUGUAGCCCCAGCCUCAGCCCCAGCUCCAACAGAAGCAGCCCGGCCACCCACUCCCCGUGACCGCCCACGCCACAUGGACACAGCCCUCGCCCUCCGCCCCGGCUUUUCUCUGCCUUUCUACCGACCAUGUGACCCCGCAGCAGCCCUGCCCCGACCUGUCCUCCCGGGCAGUACUGGGGACCUUCCCUGGGGGACGGGGAGGGAGGAGGCAGCGACUCCUUGGACAGAGGCCUGGGCCCUCAGUGGACUGCCUGCUCCCACAGCCUGGGCUGACGUCAGAGGCCGAGGCCGGGAACUGAGUGAGGCCCCUGGUCCUCUGUCUCAGGAUGGGUCCUGGGGGCCUCGUGUUCAUCAAGACACCCCUCUGCCCAGCUCACCACAUCUUCAUCACCAGCAAACGCCAGGACUUGGCUCCCCCAUCCUCAGAACUCACAAGCCAUUGCUCCCCAGCUGGGGAACCUCAACCUCCCCCCUGCCUCGGUUGGUGACAGAGGGGGUGGGACAGGGGCGGGGGGUUCCCCCUGUACAUACCCUGCCAUACCAACCCCAGGUAUUAAUUCUCGCUGGUUUUGUUUUUAUUUUAAUUUUUUUGUUUUGAUUUUUUUAAUAAGAAUUUUCAUUUUAAGCACAUUUAUACUGAAGGAAUUUGUGCUGUGUAUUGGGGGGAGCUGGAUCCAGAGCUGGAGGGGGUGGGUCCGAGGGAGGGAGUGGCUCGGAAGGGGCCCCCACUCUCCUUUCAUGUCCCUGUGCCCCCCAGUUCUCCUCAGCCUUUUCCUCCUCAGUUUUCUCUUUAAAACUGUGAAGUACUAACUUUCCAAGGCCUGCCUUCCCCUCCCUCCCACUGGAGAAGCUGCCAGCCCCUUUCUCCCUCUGCCUGACCACUGGGUGUGGACGGUGUGGGGCAGCCCUGAAAGGACAGGCUCCUGGCCUUGGCACUUGCCUGCACCCACCAUGAGGCAUGGAGCAGGGGCAGAGCAAGGGCCCCGGGACACAGAGUUUUCCCAGACCUGGCUCCUUGGCAGAGCUGCCUCCUGUCAGGGCCCACAUCAUCUAGGCUCCCCAGCCCCCACUGUGAAGGGGCUGGCCAGGGGCCCGAGCUGCCCCCACCCCCGGCCUCAGCCACCAGCACCCCCAUAGGGCCCCCAGACACCACACACAUGCGCGUGCACGCACACACACACACACACACACACACACACUGGACAGUAGAUGGGCCGACACACACUUGGCCCGAGUUCCUCCAUUUCCCUGGCCUGCCCCCCACCCCCAACCUGUCCCACCCCCGUGCCCCCUCCUUACCCCGCAGGACGGGCCUACAGGGGGGUCUCCCCUCACCCCUGCACCCCCAGCUGGGGGAGCUGGCUCUGCCCCGACCUCCUUCACCAGGGGUUGGGGCCCCUUCCCCUGGAGCCCGUGGGUGCACCUGUUACUGUUGGGCUUUCCACUGAGAUCUACUGGAUAAAGAAUAAAGUUCUAUUUAUUCUA